GUACAGGAUAGAAACGCUAAAAUAAUACUUGGCUACAGCUACUGAGGUAGACGAUAAUACUACUUGGGAAUACAAAUCUUUCCGGCGAAGCUCAGUCAUAGAAAACCAAGUCAUUUAAAAAACUUGGACAUGCAAAGGAGGAGCCUAACAAACUACACAACUCUGAAGCAUAAAUGAUGGAUGGCAGUGGAGGGCACACUGACGUCACGGAAAUGAACUCACAACAAGUGUUUGGUCCUGUUGGAGCGAAGGAAGGCGGUUGCCCUGGAUGGACACCGGCAAGAAUGUUCUUGGAAGUAUUCCUGGUACUGAUGCUGGUAGUAAACUUGUUUUCUGCAUUUGUGAUAUUUACUACAAAAUCAACAUUGAAUUUUCAUAGUACUUUCAAUAAAGUUUGCAUUCUGAUGAUUAAUUUUUCUGGUAUAGCACUGUGCUCUCAUUUUUCGUUUCUACCGUUGCUGUUCAGUCCCAUGAUGACUCAAAACACCGAUACUAAUGGAUUUUAUCGAUAUAUAGAUUUGGCAACAACCGUUAGUUUCAACGUUCAGGAUCAGGCGAAGACAGAACUGCAAUGGUGCAAUGUAUCGGAAACUGCGUCAUGCAAAUGGUCCGGAUUCAGUUUUACUUUCCUUGUUUUCUCACCUUUGGCUAUACUUGUUGCAAUGAGUGCUGAUCGUGUGGUGGCAACAUACUGCUGGAAAACUUAUAAAUUUCGAGGCCAUGCUGUGUCAUCAUUCAGACUGACGGUGUUGAUAGGUUUCCUGGCAACUCUUUGUCUCAUUUCUGUACUUCCUUUUCUUAACAUCGGAGCUACGUAUAAAUAUGACAGUAUACUUCUGGUGUGUGUACUCCCCCGUGAUCCUGACUCUGCUUUGACAAGGACGUUUGCUUUAAUUGUUACCACGUUUAUUGCAAUUUUACUGUUUUUCUUAAUAUUGGCGGGAUGUCUUACGUUGUCAGCUGUAUAUUUGAAUUCAAACCCUCGAUUCGUAUCCAGUAACAUCGGAUCUUCUCUAGUAUUUGGUCGAUUUGGUGUCGUCAAAAGUGAAGGUUGGAAGCGAGUUAGUCGACUGACGCUUGCUGUUUCGUGUCUUGGACUCGCGUCAUUCAUUCCACUUUUGACAAUUUCAUUUUAUCGUCUAUUUCACGAGUUGGAUGAAACGACACGUGAAAACAUGGACAUUGCAACAACUGUAUUUCUUCUUUUGGUACCUUGUCUAAAUCCAGUUAUCUACAUAGGAUUUUCCAGAGAUUACAAAAAUCGAGCAAUCCGAAUUUUAUCAUGGAUAAAACCGAAGCGAUUCAGAAGUAAUAUAUCAAGCACGAUGGAUCAUCGUAUAGAUAGCAACUGGGAUUCAGAAGCUGAAAUGCUUCCGAAUCAUCGAAAUAUUGGCACCGACUUCAUAAAUACCUCGCAAAUUAAUGCCGAUGUAUCUAUCAGCCCUAUUCCUGCCAAUAUCAUUAGAAGAACCUCACAUAAUUCCGGCGCAAGUCGUGAAUUGGAAGAGCCAGAAAGAAGAAUUCGAGGGGAAAGGCAUUAUUCUCCACAGUCCGACGGAACGAGGGUAAAUGCUAUUGUUAGUCCUAACCUGAUACCCGAUAGAAAACCGACAGAAUUUCAUAUUUAUGAGCAUAAUGGAAUCACUCAUAUGAAUCCUUCCGUAUCUGGCAGUGGUUCAUCAGAGUCAUAUCGUCAAGGUAAUAUCAAUUCAGUUGGGACUUCGCACGAAAAUUUAUUUCAAACUCCAAAGCCACGUUUCGGAAAAAAAAUGUCAACAGAAGCUAUAGACUUUUUUCAGAACGCUCCGCGUUACUUAAAAGUCUCCAAUCAUAACUGGGAAAUACCGAAACAAAAUAGACGAAACUCCGGUAAAGUUCCCGAGUAUCAUUAUCACCAUCAUUUGCAUAUCUAUCCAUCAACUCAAGACCAGAAAUUUCUGUCAGAACAUUCAAAGCAAUACGGGUAUAGUCAACAUGAAAUAGAAGCCGUAGCUAGCAGCAACCCCCAAUUUGGCUUGAAUUCGCAUUUCUACCAAGGCUAUGACGAAAGACGGAGAAAAAAAUCUGGAGAAAACAGUAGAAUGGAUCGACAUUAUAGGAAAAACCGUCGCCGAACGUCGCAUGGGGAAGCCUCCCUUUUUCUAUCUGCGGACAACUUGGUAUGGCCUGAAAAUGUUACAACCAAUGAUCCAUCGCCUUCAAAAAAAUAUAAACGCGGAUUACGAGAAAAUAAUAUGCCGAAUAAAUGAAAUACUGAUAUUUAAACAGUUGUGUGGACGCAAAUUCUGAAAUUUACACAGGGCUGCCAUAACGUCUAUAUUUCUAAGAAUAUCC